ACUCCCACCAUGACCACUUCUGACAUCAACAUGGCCAAGAUCGUCCUGCAUGAGGAGAAGAACCUCCAGGGUCGUACCCACGAGACCAGCAAUGACAUCUCCGACAUCUCCACUUACCUGAGCAGGGUCCAGUCUGUGAGGGUGGAGAGCGGCUGCUUCAUGAUCUACGAGCGCCCCAACUUCAUGGGAACCCAGCAGCUGCUGAGGAGAGGCGAGUCCAUCGAGAACCUGAGCCUGGUUGGAAUGAGCAGUGGCAUCAAGUCCAUCCGUCUGAUCCCUGUGCACAGAGGUCAGUUCAGGAUCAAGGUCUUUGAGAAGGAGAACCUGACCGGACAGAUGAACGAGCUGAUGGAUGAUGUUGAGAACAUCCAGGAGCGUCUGCGCAUGUCCGAGAUCCUGUCCUGCCAGGUGAUGGAGGGUCACUGGCUGCUGUUCGAGCAGCCUCAUCACAGAGGCAGGGUCAUCUACGUGAAGCCCGGCGAGCAGAGGACCUUCAGGGAGAUGGGCCUGGGAAGCAUCAGGAUCAUGAGCUUGAGGCGCAUCACCGACAUCUGUUAG